ACAUGAUUUCUUUGUUUAGAUCUUCACCUUGCUGCUGAGCUUGGAAAGACUCUACUGGACCGUAACACUGAACUAGAAGAAUCCUUACAGCAAAUGUAUGCAACAAAUCAAGAGCAAUUGCAGGAGAUAGAGUACCUCACAAAGCAAGUGGAGCUCUUGCGGCAGAUGAAUGACCAGCAUGCAAAAGUCUAUGAACAGCUGGAUGUGACAGCAAGAGAACUGGAAGACACUAAUCAAAAACUGGUUGCAGAGAGUAGAGCUUCACAACAAAAGAUAAUAAGCUUGACAGAGACUAUUGAAAGUCUACAAACACACAUAGAUGACCUGCAGCGACAAGUGGAAGAACUGAAAAAGCCUGGACGAGGCCGGAUGAACCAGGAGAGAUCUGAGCAGCCAAGAUCAAUGCACAGUUUCUCAUGUUUGAAGGAGCUGUAUGACCUCCGCCAGUAUUUUGUUUAUGAUCACGUCUUUGCAGAAAAGAUUACUUCGAUGGAUAGUCAGCUAAGUCCUCUAGAAGAAGAAAAUGAGAAGUUGAAGAAGGCAGUGACAGUUCUGCAAGCCCAGCUGAACCUAGAGAAAGAGAAGAGGGUAACUAUGGAAGAAGAAUAUAGUCUGAUGGUGAAAGAAAACUGUGACCUGGAGCGGAGGCUGGUUGAUACAGAUUUGUAUAGGGCUCGUGCGGAGGAGCUGGAAGCAGAAGUAGCUGAAAUGCGACAGAUACUUCAGUCUGAGAAUGCGCUCCAUAAUGCAGAGAAAUUGGUUCCAGAAUCCUUUUUCAUUUCAUUCAAGGAAUCUCUGGACAGGGAGCUUGGUCAGAGCCUGGGAGAUGAUGGACUUCUGACAGUAUCGGAGCUUGAGAAGAAAGCACUGAAACGGAGCAGCAGUGAAAGCAUCCUGAGCAGUGCUGCUGGGGCAGACAUUCUCAGGGGCCAUGAAGAAACAUGUAUUAGGAGAGCUGAAGCUGUGAAGCAGCGAGGAAUCUCUGUACUCAAUGAAGUUGAUGCUCAGUACAAUGCUCUGAAAGUGAAGUAUGAGGAACUUUUGAAGAAGUGUCAAAUGGAUGAAGAUUCUUUGAAACACAAGGCUGUACAAACACUGAAGCAGUAUUCCAAAGACCUAAAUGUGGGGAACACCCAGAAUGAUCUUUCAGCUAGCAAUCACGAAUUCACAAUUGCUGAGCUAAGUGACUCUUCCACAAAUGCUCCCCCUGAAUAUAAAGCACUAUUCAAGGAGAUUUUUAGCUGUAUCAGAAAAACAAAAGAAGAAAUAGAUGAACACAGAGCGAAGUACAAGACUCUCUCAUCUCAGCCGUAACCUUAUCUGUAGUCAAGAACACACUUCAUAUGAAUGUCAGAAGACCCCUUAAUCUGAUGUGUUUCUUGAGCACUCAAAAUGAAUGUUUUGGAUUGGCUGGUAGCCCUGUAGUUAACAAGCUAGUUAGUUAUCAGCUAGAUUCCCUGUUCCUGUGUAGCAGUAGAUUUAAUGUUUAGCACUGUCACACAAACUAGUGGUUGUAAAACAAACAUCAUAGCUUAAUCCUACACUACUACUUCAUACUGCACUUCAGCUCUUGCCAGAGCAGUGACUGACUCUUCUUUCCUUAGUCCACUUCAGAAAUAAGAGAGCUAAGAACUCUGAAUCUCUCACAAGAACCAAACUAAAGCUUUCCUUUGGUUCACAGGGAUGAUCUAGCCCUGUGACUUCAAUGAUGCAGGAAAUGAGCAAAAGCGAAGUCCCAGGGCAGCAUCUCCUCAGCUCCAGGAGGGGCAUGGUCCAACUGAUCUUGCUUUGGCAGGGUGGUGGAAAGCUGUGCUUGGUUUAAGCCAAUACCACGUUUUCGCAAUCACUAAGCUCUCCCACGGAUUAAUAUAAAUGUCUUCCUAUGAAGAAAGGAUUUGAUGUAAAGUUUGUGUGGCUUUUUAGAGAUGGAUUCCUUUGUAGGGCACUUUGUCUUAAGGCAAGAUACUGUGAAUUGACUAUGUGUUAUUUGGGACCUACAGGUCUCUGGUGGAAUGUCUGCAAAGUACAUUUUAAUGUGUAUUUGGUAAGUUAGAGAGUUGUUAUUUAGCUAUUUAACUUUAGAAGUAGCAUUGACAUAGUGGAGUAGCUUUUAAUGUUGCAUACCACAAACUCAAAGUGCUUGAGGAGACAGGCGAGGUAAAACCUUUUAUUGUUUUGUCUGUUGCUUCCAGUGUUGGCCUCUCUGGACCUAUUCCAUGCUGCCUGGGGGGUGGGAGGACGGACACAACACCGCCAGCACAUAUCCUACUGAAAAUGGGACCACAUUCUUGUUCGCCCUCUCCUUUUCCACUCCCUAAUAAUUCAUACAAUACUUAAUUUUUGAAAAACAACAUGGAGGUUGUUCUUUAGAAUGCAGAGAAAUUAAGAGGAAGAAAAAAGGCACAAUGAAAGGUGACAUCCUUCUCCUUGUAAAGGGUCUCCUAGCUUAAUGUGGCCAGCAGUUCUUGGGAAGCAGCUUCCUGCAGAGUUGCUGUGAGGUACCAAACCCUUGACCCAGAAUGUUGACAGUUUCUCAGCUUCAGUCCAGCUGCUGCUGCUGCAGCGCUGCUGCCUUAUGCUGUUCUCUGUUCAGCUUGUCCUUCAGGUGCAGUAUUAAGACUUCACGUUGUGGGAGUUUCUCUAAAACAUGUAUUGCAGUCUGAAAAUUAUUUAAAAAUGGGAAUCUGAAUCUUCUGAAUAUUUUUCUAAGCAAAUAAAUAAUCCAGUCAAGCUACAUGCGUAAGUAGUAAUUACAUCCAUCUGUGCCAAUCAGGAAACUGAACUUGGUGCAGAUGGCACCUGCAUUAUCUAGUCUUGCCAUCUUUCCUACAGAGCUCAGAUGGAGUUCCCAUGAAAUUUGUAUUUUAGGAAAGUUGCACUACGUAGAAAAGAACAGGUCUAUCUAGGACAGAAAUCCAGAUGGAAGUAAGUACUACUGUUUUUCCUCAUUGUUGCGGUAUCUGUCAGCGCUGUUCAAAAAUGAGGUGAGGGUGGGGAAAGCAGAAAAGCUGCUCUGCCAUAAGGUUACUGUCCUGUCACUGUGUCCUUGGCACCUGCACCCAUCUCUCCCCAGUUCAGAGACUGGAAAGCAGUAACAUGAGAAAGGCACAAAAUGGUUCACUACCAGUGUUCCUUACCACGUUAGGGAUGGGGCAAACCACACCUGCUGGGCAGAAGACAUGCAAAAGCAGUUCCAGAUUUUUGGUUAAAUAGGUGAUCUUCAGUGGUUUGCUACUUUUGGCUAACUUAGAGCACUUAGAUAGAAAUAAUUUCUAUGCUUUAAAAAUACCAAAAAUGAAAUUUACUCAGAACUUCUUCGUUGUUCUGUACUGUACUUCCCCCUUGGCUACCUGUGCCAUUGCUGAGUUUUGGCUGUCUUGCAGCAUUUACCUGUACAGGCUAUGCAACAAAUCCCUCCAGGCUGGGUUCUUAUUAGAGCUUCUCCUGCAACAUGGCUUUUCCAGAGAGCUUUCCAGCCAUAGCCACUGUGUCAGUGCCAGCCAGGGCUGCCUGAACAUAAAACACAUCCCCAUUUUAUUGAUGCAGUUAAUAAAUGACACUAACCUAUUAAAUAAGGUAGAGUUUUAGCAGUUAAGAAAUAGCCAUUUUCCACCAAAAUGUGAAAUGCCAUAAGCACGGUAACAAUAUUCUUAGUCAAUCUUAUCUGGAUUAACUACCUUAAUCUUCUUAUUUUGGUCAACAACUCAACUCAGCCUUUUCUGAGCAUAAGCAGAUGAAAU